AUGGCGGCCCCGGGGGGCUCCGAGCCCGAGCGCAGCGCGGGGGGGUCCCCGGCAGAGGGGGGGUUCCCCGAACAGGAGGGCUUCUUCUCGCUGCUGAGCUCCGUGCAGGGAACGCGGAUGGACGAACAGCGCUGCAGCCUGGGCGGGGGCGGCGGUGAGCCGGGGGUGUCGGAGCCGCCCCCCCCCGAGCUGGCCUCGCUGCUGGACAUGGUGGCGAGCACGCAGGGCCGCAGGAUGGACGAGCAGCGCCUGCCCGUGCCCAGGCUGCCCGGGUUUGGCACCGGGUGUGGGGACUGA